AUGGCCGCGGCAGGAGUAAUAGAGCCAAGCAGUAGUCCCUGGGCUGCGCCAGCUAUACUCGUCCGGAAGAAGGACGGCUCGUGGCGGUUCUGUGUUGAAUACAGGCGCCUCAACCAGGUAACCCGGAAAGACUCCUACCCGCUCCCCCGCAUUGACGAUGCGCUGGACAGCAUUGCCGGCUCCUGCUGGUUUAGCUCGCUGGACUUGCGUAGUGGCUACUGGCAGAUUGAGCUAGCCCCGGAAGCUCGGCCGAAGACAGCGUUCACCAUCGGGCAAGGGCUGUGGCAGUUCCGGGUACUUCAUUUCGGCCUAUGCAACGGGCCAGCGAACUUCGAGCGGCUGAUGGAGCGUGUCCUGGCGGGCAUUCCACGAACAUGCUGCGUAAUUUACCUGGACGACAUCAUGUGUCAUGCAACGGACUUCACCGGUGCCAUAGGACAUCUGGAGAAGGUGUUCGACGCCAUACGAGGUGCUGGGCUCAAACUGCACCCGAAAAAGUGCCACCUGUUCCGGAGGCAAACCGGGUUCCUGGGCCAUGUCGUGGGGGCUGCCGGAGUGGCCACCGACCCAGCUAAGGUGGAGACAGUGAGACGUUGGCCUGUUCCACGCGACGGUGCUGAGCUGCGGAGCUUCCUGGGCCUGGCGUCAUAUUACCGGCGCUUCAUUCGGGACUUUGCUACAGUCGCCAGCCCGCUGCAUCGAUUGACGCACAAAGGCCAGCUCUUUGAGUGGACACGGGAGUGCGACGCGGCAUUCCGGCGGCUGCAGAGGGCGCUAUAUGAGGCCCCAGUGCUCGCUUUCCCUGACCCUCGACUGCCGUUUAUCCUGGACACCGACGCCAGCGACGUGGGCGUCGGCGCCGUCCUCUCACAAGCAGGCGAGCAGGGCGAGCAAGUGGUCGCAUACUUCAGCCGCUCACUGGACCGAGCGGAGAAGAAUUACUGCAUGACCCGCAGAGAACUGUUGGCUGUGGUGGCAGUGCGCCAUUUCCGAACCUACCUCUACGGCAAACGGUUCCUGCUGAGAACGGACCACGCGUCGCUCACUUUGCUGCUGAACUUCAAAGAACCAGAGGGCCAGAUGGCUCGCUGGUUAGAGGCACUCCAGGACUACGACAUGGAGAUUCGACACCGGGCGGGUCGCCUUCACGGCAACGCGGACGCCCUGUCCAGGCGUCCGUGUGCAGCAGACCAGUGCCAACACUGCCACCGGAGGGAGGAGAGGAGCCUGGCCGUGGCCCAACCGGAGCCCGCUCCACGCCAGCAGCACGCCAGCGAGAGACUCAACGCUCGCCAGCGCCGCGCCAUCAAGAGAGCCACCGCUCGCCAGCUUCACGCCAGCGAGAGGGUCAACGCUCGCCAGCAGCACCCUGAGGUCGUCUCGCCUCCUUCCGUUACCAGCUACAGUGAUCGAGAGACCGGAGACAACGCACCGCAGCCCCACGCCACAACGCAGCACUGCAGAGUGGCAGCUGGGGCCACAGACGCGCAGUCGCCGGUGGACGUGAUGUCAAGGGAGGAGAUCUGGAAGGCGCAAUCGGAGGACGCCACACUCGGCCGAGUGUGGUCAUGGAUCGAAGCCGCGAAGAAGGGCCCCACGCGACGCUGGCACGCUCUGCUGCAGCAAUAUGCAGUCGGGGCUCCCAUGGAGCGGGUAGCCGUCGAUGUCAUGGGCCCACUGCCAGUCACAGAGUGGGGAAAUCGCUACGUGCUCGUGGCCAUGGACUAUUUCACUAAGUGGCCGGAGGCGUAUGCGGUGCCAGAUCAGAGCGCCCACACGACAGCGGACAGACUGGUCACUGAGAUGUUCUGCCGGUUCGGGGCACCGGAAGAGCUCCACAGCGACCAAGGGCGGAAUUUCAAGGCGGAGGUGUUUGAACGAGAACGACACCUCUGCAUCCACAAAGCGACGGGCUGGUCGAACGAGAGGUUCGAAUCUGCAUUGUUAAGAGUGGCACGACACUUACACUUGCCCCUGGUGCUCUGGGCAUAUCGCACAGCGGUGCAAGAGUCAACGAAAUGCACACCAGCAGCUCUGAUGUUCGGGCAAGAGCUACGCACGCCGGUGGACUUGGUGUUCGGUUCGCCUCCGGAAGCGGAGAUUGGAGGUAAGCCAGGGCUGGAAUACUACAAGCAGCUACGUGAGAGACUGAAAGGAGUACACGAGUUGGCCAGGCAGGCUAUGAGUGAAGCUGGAAUAUGUCAAAAGCGAGCUUACGAUACGCGCUGUCGCGGCCAGGAGUUCCAGACCGGCGAUAAAGUUUGGGUGUACUGCCCGGAGAGAAGGAAAGGCAUUUCCCCGAAACUCACUAGCCAGUGGGUCGGGCCGUGCGAUGUCUUAGAAAAGCUGUCUGAUGUGGUCUAUCGUGUGAGACUGAUUAAGCGUCGGAGAGUUGUGGCUCUCCACCGUGAUCGACUGGCCCAGUAUCGACCCCAGGCUUCAGCUGAGGGUCGUGGAGACUUUGACACUGACUCUGUGGAACUUGGUGACAAUGGAGCUGUGGCUCUAACACCGGUCACCGUGCAGCCUUCACCGGAAGUCACCGCCGCGACAGCGGGGCGCCCACAACGCCAGCGUCGCGUCCCAGCCAGGCUCAUGGACUGA